AUGUUCAGCAAAGGAGGUGGCCCAAAUCAACCAAACCAAAAGCUUGAAAAUGGCAUAUCAAUUUAAUUAGAAAACUCAUUCGGUUGUUACCAAACCCCAAUUCGUAAAAACUCUUACUUUUGCACAGAUGACAACCUGAUAUAUAAUUGUGGUAAUCAUCUAGUUUUAUACGAUGUAGUUCGUAAAAAAUAAAAAUAUGUAAUGAAAAACAUAGAAGACUAACCUCUUACAGCGAUGACUUUUUUCACAAACCCAACUAAAGGAACCACCAAUAUAGCCGUUGCCUUAAAAUCUAAAUCAGAUACCCUCCCUUAAGUUAAAGUAUAUAGUUCUUAAAAGCCUUCGAAUUUUUCAUUAGUACACAAUAUUCCAAAUUCGAUAAUUUUAGAUAUCCAGUUUAUUUUAAAAGCGCGAUAUAUAAUCACCCUAACCCACAUGCCUAAAGGAUUUCAAUUAAACAUAUACAAUGUAUAGGAAGAAAGACACUGUUGCAUAAGAUAGGUGGAAGACUAAGAAGCUUCUAAAAUCGAAGUAAAUACAAAACUAGGUUCCGAUUUCAUUAUAAUAGGAAAAAAAUACUGCCAAGUUUGUUCUUUCGAAUACUAAGGAAUGUUAAUAAAUGAAAAAGCCAAUUUAUAUGAAAGUCUAAAUAAAUAAUUCAAUUUACUUUUCGAAGAAGAAAUUUGUGAAGCCGUCUGGAUUUCCGAGUAUAUUAUUAUUGCUACUUUCUAAAAUAAGCUCCAUAUUUUCAAAAACCUCAUAUACUAGAAAACACUCGAUCUAGUUUUAUUCGAAAAAGAAGCCAUUAUUCCAAUCAGAAAUUCCAAGUAAUCCCAAUAAGAACAAGAUUAAAUUAUCUAAUAAGUCCUAGAAUAAUAAAAAAAUGACACUAAGCAUAUUUCAGUUUCCUGUAUGUCCAAAUUCCAACGCGGACUAGCAAUAGGUUUCCAAGGUGCUUAAAUGAUUUCCCUUUACGAGUUUGACAAUUAAAACGAGCUCGUACAUAAAGGUAAUUACUACCUAAAAGAAGAAAAUAUAUAGAAAAUCCACUCCAUAGAUAUCGCUCCUGAUGAAAUGUACGCUGUUAUAUGCAUUCUUUUUUAUCCCAGAGGCUCUCAUUAAACGGCUAAAAUAAAAAGCGAUGGUGUAUAUGCGAUAUCUCCUGAAGAAAAAAAGGAACAACAGGGAAAAUUAGAAAUUUAUAUGUUUAAUUUAGCAGUAGUAGAUGCCAUAAAAAGUGUCUAAAAAGACCCUUUUGAGCCUCUUUUUGAAUAAGGAGUACAUAAAGGAUCUAUCCUAGAUUUAUCUUUGUGUCCCACAAGAUCUAUUUUAGUAUCCGUGUGUGAAGAUAAGACUACCAAAUUUAUGGAUUUCGGUUCUGAAUUUCGAGAAUUAAUUUCAUAGUUUUUCCAUGAAACUCCUAAUUGUAUUUCUAUUCAUCCUUUAAAUAUUUAAUGCGCUAUAGGCUUUAAGGAAGGAAUUAAAGUCUUUAAUAUUCUAGAUGAUGAAUUAAAACCGUCUUUUACGAAUAAUACGAAAACUUGUACGGCAAUCAGUUAUAGUGAAGGAGGGCAUUUAUUGGCCGCUGGAAAUUUACAGAUAAUAAACAUUUAUAAUCCUUAUGAAUAUAUUUUACUUUAUACAUUAAAUGGUCAUGCUGUAGCUUUAAAAAGCAUAGAAUGGAUCAAUAAUGAUUAGAAUAUUAUUUCUAUAUGUUAAGGAGGACUACUUAACGUAUGGGAUUUGAAAACAGGAACAAGGUUUAUUGAACAUUCUUAUAGACAGCAUAAAUUAUUGGCUGUAGCAUAUGAUUUUGAUUUUGAUUUAGUUGUUUGUGCAUGUUCAGAUAAUAAAUUGAGAAUUUUUAAAGAAAAAGGCUAAAUUUAAGUUUGUGAACAUGAAACAAGUCCGUGUUAAUUUACUAGUAUACAUAUUAGUAAAAGAUUUGAUACCAUUAUAUUUGGAACAAGUGAGGGUUCUAUUAGGAUUUAUUUAUGGCCUUUUUGGACUUUUAAGGCUAAAAGUAUGGACUAUUUAGAAAUUCCAAUUCACUAGUGUACUAUUACCUCAAUAAAAAUUUCCUAAGACUAUUAAUAUUUAAUUACUUGUUCAGAAGAUAGUUCUAUAUUUUUUAGUAAAAUUCGAGAAUUCGUAGAAGGGGAAGAUGUAACAGUAACUGACUUUUUUAAUUAGCAAAAAGAAAACAAUUAUGAAGCUUUAGAAAAAGUUACUCUUGCCUAUUCACUUAAUAAUUUAUGUCUUUGCUCUAAAAUAGCCCAGGAAUAAAAAAAAGAGUCCAUAAAGGAACUCGAAUUUCGUUUGCAAAAUUAUAAAAGCGACAUUGAUGACGAGAAAGAAAAAUGGGGUGAAAUAUACGCCUAAAGGAUAAAAACCUUAAAGGAAAAGCAUAAUGAUUAAAAAUAAAAACAAAAAGAAAACCUUUUGAAAAUAUAACAAGAAUAUGAUUAGAAAUUUGAAGAGUUAAGGGAAAAAAAAGCUAAUUAAAAAUAAGAAAUGGAAGAAAUAGAAGAAAAGCUAAACGAAAUGAAUUCAAAAGAUUUAAUUUAAUGUUAUUAAAGAAGAGAUGAACUUACUGAAAAACUUUAAAAUUUAAAAUCCAAAUUUUCAAACUAAAUCGAACAUGCGCAAUAAUAAUAUAAUUAUACACUUAAAAAAGUAUAGGAUGAAUACGAUAUUAAAUUUAGUGAUAUUUUUAAUAAAUAUAAAAACGCAUUAGAAAAUGUAACAAAUGAUUAACAUAAAUUUCAUGAAGUACUUUCUUAAUAAGAAUAAGACUUUGAUACUUAUUUUACUAAGACCAAAUAAAAUCUAAAAGAAGAACUAGAAGAAGAACUCAGAAAAACAGAAGAAUUAAGAUCUUCUAAUUCUAAAUAUAAUAAGGAAAUAUAAAAUUAUAAAGAAAGAAAAUAAUAUUUGCAGUAAGAAUCUGAAUAAUUAAGUUUAGAAAUAAAAAACUUAGAACUUGAUUAAAAAAACUUCGAAGAUAAAUAGAACUAAAUGGUGAAUUAAUUAAACGAAAAAGAAGAUAUAAUCAAUAUGCGUGAAUAAUAAAUAAAAGACCUCCGAAGUAAGAACAUCCAUUUAUAAAAUUUCCAAAAAGUCUACGAUUAUUAAGUCAAUACUUUAAAAGAUGAAAGAUAGCCUUUAAAAGAGCAUUUAUUAAAUAUGGAAAAACACGUUAAAAAUCUCUACAAUGAACUAUUGGAAGAAUCAGGCGCAAAUAAAAAUAUUGAUAAAGAUAUAGAAAAAACUGAAAAUAAAACAAAAGAAAUGAAAAUAUAAUUAAGGGAAAAAUAAAAAGACGUAAUGUUAACUAGAAGAUUAAUCGAAAAUUUCUAAUUUUAAAUUUUAGAUAUGUUAAAGAAUUUACAAUUUAAAGAAUGGCCAAAAAGACUAGCAGAAAUUUAUACUGAAAACUUUUCAGAAAAAUCAUAUAAAAUAGAAAAAGUCUUAGAAUAAUCCACAAUAGGCGCUAACUUAAAAGAAUUGAAAAAAGAUGCUUAUUUAGAAUAAAUAGAAUAAGAAUAAUAAUUCCUUAUUGGAUAAGAUUUAAAAGGCCAAAGAGAUUUUUUAGCAAGAUAAUUAGUAAAAGUAGCCGGUGAUUAUAGAAAAGUAAUGGAGUCAAGAAAUGAUGCCUAUUUAAGGGUUUAAAAUAUGAAUACACUAUUAAUAAAUGAAUGUAAUGAAAAAAGAGAAAAAAAAUCGAAAUUAAAGGAAUAUUUAAGUCUAUAAAAAAAAGCCUAUAGAGAAGUUAGAAGAGAAUUAGCAGUUUUUAUGGGACAAAGUUUAAAAGAAAUUUUAGAUGAUGAUGAUGAAAAUAUUAAUUUCAUUCAACAAGAAGAUGAAAGUGAAGAGGCUUUGGACGAAAUAGAUGAAAAAAAUAAUUAAAAUUAAAAAAACAAUGAAAGUGGAAAUUUAUUAGUUGAUAAUUAUAAUAAAACGCAAAACUCAGCAACCUUAUUAAAAAAUAAUAAAUUCUAAGUAUAAAAAGCGCCAACUAUUACAGAAAAAAAAAUUAACCAAAGAUAAUUAAUAUAAGAUUUAUUAAAAUAAAUAGAACUUAUUAAUGACAAUUAAGAUUUAUAAGGAGAUUAAUUAAAAGAAAGAGUGUAAAAUUUCCUAUAUGUUGAAAAAAAAGAUACUGUAGGCCCCCUCAUAUAAAAAGAAUAAUAAAAUUAAGCUUUAAAAUUAGCUUCAAGCACUUAAGGACCGUUUUUUUAAACUAAUAGAAUAAAAAUGUAAUCUUCGUAAGGAAAAAUACCAAAUUCACCUGGAGUAGGUAGUAAAACUAGUACUGCUCCACAUAACUUUAUGUAAACUUUUACAAGUAAUUUAGGUUUUGGGUAAACUGGUUAGGAUUUUAAUAGAAAAUCAGCUUUAUCUCAAUAAUAAUUUAAUAAAUGA